GGCGUCGUGACGUUGCACCAGCCCGAGGCGCACCGUGCGUUCUCCCGGGGAAGUUGUCUCCGGAUCGCGGGAGCCUGGCCGUGGCGGGCUGCACUGGCUCCCGGGCGGGGCGGUGUGGAGAGUGACCUGUGCUCGCACACAGGCUUCUUGGGGGCGGCAGCAGCAGCCUUAGCGUCUCAUGCCCGUCUCUGGGGUCCGCGCUGAUAGCUGCGGCUCGCGCCCAUCUCUGGAGCUCGUUUAGGCGGCGCUCUGAAUCCCCUCUCCUCGCGCACCCGGAAACAAUGGUCUCUUGCCUCUCUGUUUGUCGGGCUUUCUUUGCAUAGCCAUCAAUGUCUGAAGAAGUCACUUAUGCAGAUCUAAAAUUCCAGGACUCCAGUAAGACAGGAAAAAUCCAGGAGUUUGACAAAUUUGGGAUAAAAGUACCACCUGCUGCGUCCCACGUAUGGCGUCAAAGAGCCUGGGCUCUGACUCUUCUAUGCCUUCUGCUGCUGAUUGGACUGGGAGUCUUAGGAAGCCUAUUUUACAUAACUUCGAAGAUACACAUGGAAAAGUUGAAUAAACUACAAAAUUUCAAAGAAGAACUUCAGAGAAAUGUUUCUCUACAACUAAUGCAUAACAUGAAUAGCUCCGAGAAGAUCAGGAAUCUCUCUAUCACACUUCAAGAAACAGCCACCAAAUUAUGUCAUGAGUUAUAUACAAAAAUCCCAGAGCACAAAUGUAAACCUUGUCCAAAGAAAUGGAUGUGGCACGAGGACAGGUGUUAUAUACAAUUUAUGCAUUACGAAACGUGGCAAAAGAGUGACAAGAUAUGUUCUGACCACAAUGCCAGUCUGUUGAAGAUUACAAACAAAAGCAUGUUGGAAUUUAUAAAAUCCCUGAGGUUAUAUGACUAUUGGCUGGGAUUAUCUCCCAGAAAAUAUAAAAACGGUUACAAGAUCUUGGAUGAGACAAUUAUAUCCUCUAACUGGUUUACAAGAAAUACAAAUGACUUAGAUGAUUGGAUGUAUUGUGGAUACACAGAAAACACAUAUGUUUAUCAUACUAGGUGCACCGAGACUAAACGUAUUAUAUGUGAGAAGCUGGCCAAUCCAGUGAAGAUUGAGAGUAUACUAAUGAGUGAAGUACCAGAAGCAUGAAUGUAGUUAGUGCAAUUAUUUUGCCCCAGCUAUUAUCCUGCAAUUAAAGGCAACUUUAGGGAGCAUACAUCUUGCGGAUCACACAAAUGGAAUAAAGAUGCACUGAGACUACA